GCUCUGUCGGAAAGGCCCGAGAAGUUGCGAUGUGUAGCGCAGACGACAGUGGACGUGAUGUCAAGAGUCAGAUAAAACUAUAGUUCUGUGGAAGAAGAGGUAUAGAGGCCUACACAUCAGGGAGUUCGAUUUUAUACACUUACUGAUAUAAGUAUAUAACGUAAUAAUUAAGGGAAUAUUGCUAAAAUAAUAUUACUGUCCUUCCACUGCAUUAUGUUUGAUCAGGGACGUUAAAUACGUCUCUGGCUUGAUUUCAUUGGCAUAUCAAGAAAUAUCAGACUAUAAUCUUGAUUUAAUGAUUCAAAUUAUUUAACCAUUGCACUGACACAAUGUAUUGGUUAUAUCCGGAAGUUUUGUUUUGUCUUUUAUUUGAAUCAAUCACGUGAUUUUUAUAGGCCGCCGACCAGGAAGAGGAGUAAACACGAAAUAGGAAGAGAAAACAUGGACAUUGUCGCCAUCUUUAUGAGACAUUAAAACAGCACAAUUACUAUAGUAGAUUGCCCGGAAUGUUUGGUUUUGUGUUGUAUUGAAACUACUCAAUCACGUGAUUUUAUACAGGAAACCUAACCAGGAAGAGAAAAAACCAAAGCUGAAGCGCAUUGUCGCCAUUUUGAGUUGGAGGUGAAAAGAACAUGAGUAAAAGUAUCUGACCAUGGACAAGCGCUGGGCCCAGGAUGUGUUACGGUGUCGUCUCUGUGAGACCCCGGGCCCCCCUAUGUACUGUGACAUUUGCCACAUACAUCUGUGUAAAGCCUGUGUGGGGGAACAUCUCUCUGAUCAAUCCAAAGAACACAAAGUGCUGCCAUUUGAAAAGAGAGGAUCUACUCCUAAAUGCCCAAAACAUUCCACAAAACUAUGUGAACUUUACUGUAAACAAUGUGACAUUCCUAUUUGUACAACAUGUCUUUCCUCUGAAGAACACAGUGGCCAUAAAUUUAUUGAAAUAAUUAAAAACAUUGAUAGCAGGAAAGAAAUGAUUCAAAAAGAUUUACAAGAAUUAGAGAAAUCCAUUUAUCCCAAAUACCAAGAGAUUGCAUCCAUUAUCCCAGUCCAGAAAUCUGCUCUGAAUGAAAACUCCCAGAAAUUAACAACAGAAAUCGACAGACAUGGAGAAGACUUGCACAGAGAAAUAAACACCAUUAUCAGAAACAUGAAAUCUAACGUGGAGGAAACGGACACCAAGCACCUGGCUGUCUUAGACAAACAGGAAGAUGAAAUUAAACACACCAUUUCUGAAAUCACACAGACCAUUACUGAACUGAAGACUUUACUGGACUCCAAUGAUGUCAGCCGUGUCUCUGCCUACAAAUCCAGGAAUGAUGAAUUCAGAAGAUUGCCUCCUAAACUCACAGUGUUCUUACCAAGUUUUACUCCUCAGAAGAUCAACAAAGAACAGCUUUAUCAACAGUUUGGUUCUCUGUCAGCAUCAUCUAUCAAAACAGAAGAAUAUGGCUACACCAUGGAAUCUCCCGGUGCUGAGUCCUCUCCCGCGGACAGACCGCUCAUUGAUGUACCACGGAUCAUCACAGGGAUAUUCACCGAAUAUAGAGGAUCAUUAAGCCAUGUGUCCUGUCUGAGUGAUGAGGAGAUAUGGACAUGUGGUUAUGGUGACAAAAUCAUGAGACUCUACAACCUCCGUGGGGAACUAGUGAAGUCAGUCCAAACCAAGUCAGGGAACCUUCCAGAGGACAUAGCAGUGACAAGGAGUGGGGAUCUAGUUUAUACUGAUUACAAUGAUAGAACUGUGAACAUAGUGAAGAAUAAAAAGAUAAAGACAGUGAUCAGACUACGGGGGUGGAGACCUCUCAAUGUCUGUAGUACCUCCUCUGGUGACCUCCUGGUUGUCAUGGACAGUGAUGAUGGUAAACAAACAAAAGUUGUGUGUUACUCUGGCUCCACAGAGAAACAAAGUAUUCAGUUGGACGACAAAGGACAACGUCUCUAUUCAUCUGGUGACUAUAAAUACAUCAGUGAGAACAGGAACCUAGAUAUCUGUGUGUCAGACUUUGACGCCUGUGCAGUAGUGGUGGUCAAUCAGGCCGGGAAACUCCGGUUUACCUACACUGGUCCUCCCUCUACUACCAAGAGACCAUUCUAUCCACGCGGCAUCACAACAGACAGCCAGGGUCGGAUCCUGACAGCAGACCAUUACAGCUGGUGUAUCCAUAUCCUGGAUCAGGACGGACAGUUCCUCCGCUACAUAGACUGUUGUUUACAGUCUCCAUGGGGUUUAUGUGUGGACACCAGAGACAACCUCAUUGUGACUGAGUUAGACUUUGGUAUAGUGAAGAAAAUACAAUAUGUGUAGAACAUUACACAGCAGUGUAACAUUGUUUAUAUGUAUUACAUGUUGACAAACUGACUGUCUGUAUAUAUAUAACAUGUAUUAGCAUAAAGAUAAUUAAUUAUAUUAUAUAAUAGAGUCAUGCAUAUAAAAUAUACGUCCAUUUAGUUCAUGUCAACAAUAUCAUUGUUUUGUUUAUCAUGUUUAUACAUCAUAAUAACAAACUGUUUUAGUGUAGUGAUUGUAUUGUCAAUGAAUUAAAUGUUUAUACAUUUAAUGUCUAAACAAACUGUGUACAUUAUAAGAAUACAAUCAGAGAAACCUUGUUUGGUAUUUGUCAAAGAAAUCAAACCAUUUUAAUGUUGAUAAAUAUCUGUAAAAAUCUUUUUUAGCUCUCCUUUAUCAUGUUUAUAUUAAGUUAUGAGUUAAUUUCAAUCAUUUUAAUAAGAAUAAAAAUAUAAAUCAUACAUUUUCUUUUCUCAAAGCAGAAAAACUGAAGGUACCACAUUUGUUGAACAUUAGAAUGGUGUUUAUUUAAUCUUUGUCCAUCAAUAUUUCUGUCAUUGAAGAUUGAGUAACUUUUGUUUCUUACACACUAGUAAUAAACCCUGCAGUUGUACAUUGUGUACUUUAAAUGAUGUGUUUUCAUGUCUAAUAAAUGAUUUGUAAACAACUUU